CUGCGCUCGGUGUUUCACACUGUUCCGCGGUGAUGGCGGUCAGCAGCAGCGGGGGGAUUUCACGGCUGAUUCGGCUGCAGGAUUAGAUGUGAUUUCCAUGGGCGAGCGAACUUCUGCGCUAGAAAUAUUGUGAUUUAAUCUUUCCCGUUCUGAGAGCUGAAAGGACCAGCGGUGUGACUUGGCUCGGCUCUGCGCCGCUUAGUGAAAAUGGCUCCGGUGCAGAUCGGCUCGGAUGGCCAGCUGGUGCCCGUCGGGGGUCCGACUUCAGCACCGCAGCCCCCGCCUGCCGCUCCGGCGACACAGGGGGUCAAACUUAGCGUUCUGAUCGAGUUUCUGCUCCAGCGGACCUACCAUGAGAUUACACUGCUGGCUGAACUACUUCCACGGAAGACAGACAUGGAAAGGAAAAUUGAAAUAGUGCAGUUUGCCAGUCGAACGCGGCAGCUCUUUGUGCGGCUGCUUGCUCUUGUGAAAUGGGCCAGCAAUGCUGGAAAAGUGGAGAAAUGUGCGAUGAUUUCAGCAUUUCUGGACCAGCAGGCUUUCCUGUUUGUUGACACAGCGGACCGGCUGGCAUCUUUGGCCCGGGAUGCGUUGGUUCAUGCCCGCCUGCCCAGCUUUGCCAUUCCAUUUGCCAUUGAUGUUCUGACUACAGGGUCAUAUCCACGUCUUCCCACUUGCAUACGGGACAAAAUAAUCCCUCCAGACCCGAUCACCAAAGCAGAGAAGCAGACUACACUGAACCAGCUAAAUCAAAUCCUUCGCCAUCGACUUGUCACCACUGACCUGCCCCCUCAGCUGGCCAAUCUGACCGUGGCGAAUGGGCGGGUGAAGUUCAGAGUGGAGGGUGAGUUUGAAGCCACGUUAACGGUGAUGGGGGAUGAUCCAGACAUUCCCUGGAGAUUGCUGAAGCUUGAGAUUCUGGUUGAGGACAAGGAGACAGGAGAUGGUCGAGCUUUGGUGCAUAGCAUGCAAGUGAAUUACAUCCAUGAGCUGGUGCAGUCCCGGCUGUUCGCAGAUGAAAAGCCACUCCAGGACAUGUACAGCUGCCUACACUCUUUCUGCCUGUCCCUGCAGCUGGAGGUCCUACACUCUCAGACCCUGAUGCUGAUCAGAGAGCGCUGGGGGGACCUCGUUCAGGUGGAGCGCUACCUUCCUGCCAAGUGCCUCACCCUGGCUGUGUGGAAUCAACAGGUUCUGGGUCGUAAGACAGGCACAGCAUCCGUGCACAAAGUCAGCAUCAAGAUCGACGAGACGGAUGGAUCGAAGCCAUUGCAGAUUUCCCAUGAGCCUCCACUGCCAGCCUGUGAUUCCAGACUAAUGGAAAGAGCCAUGAAGAUUGACCAUCUCUCAGUGGAAAAGCUUUUGAUCGACAGCGUUCACGCCCGCUCUCACCAGAAGCUGCAGGAACUCAAAGCCAUACUGAAGAGCAGCAACCCCAGUGAUAACUCGUUUAUAGAGACUGCUCUUCCUACUCUGGUCAUUCCAAUCCUGGAGCCUUGUGGGCGUUCCGAGUGUCUUCACAUAUUCGUAGACUUGCACUCGGGAAUGUUCCAGCCGAUGCUGUAUGGAAUUGAUCAGUCUAUGUUGGAUGACAUUGAGAAAACCAUCAAUGAUGACAUGAAGCGCAUCGUCACGUGGUUGCAGCAGCUGAAGUUUUGGUUGGGAGAGCAGAGGUGUAGGCAGUCUGUCAAGCAUCUCCCCACACUGUGUACAGACACUCUGCACUUAUCAAACUCCGCCUCUCACCCUGUGGGCAGCCUAUCGAAACACCGUCUCUUCAUCAAGCUCACUCGUCUUCCACAGUACUACAUCGUGGUGGAAAUGUUUGAUGUGGCAAACAGCUCCACAGAGCUGCAGUAUAAAUACUAUUUCCUGUCGGUAAGUCAGUUGGAGGGGGAGGAUGGGCUGCCCUGUGCUCUGCUGCUACAGCAGUUCAAGCCCAACCUGGAGGAGCUCGUGCAGGAUCUGUCUUCUGGAAGGAUGCUCCGGCCUGGGACCAAGAGAAAACUGUCAGGAGAGCAGGGUGCUACUGAACCUAAAAAACCCAAGCGCUCAGGAGAGAUGUGUGCCUUCAACAAGGAGCUGGCCCAUCUAGUAGCCAUGUGUGACACAAACAUGCCCCUUAUUGGCCUCCGCAGUGAGCUGAGCAAUAUGGAGAUCCCUCAUCAAGGUGUCCAGGUUGAAGGAGACGGCUGUAGCCAUGCUAUUCGCCUUCUCAGGGUACCACCUGCUAAAGGUGUCAGUGAGGAGACGAGGAAGGCUCUGGACCGCACUCUGCUGGACUGCACCUUCAGACUGCAGGGACGCAAUAAUCGGACCUGGGUGGCAGAGCUGGUCUUUACCAGCUGCCCCCUCAACAGCACCUCAACUAAAGAGCAAGCCUCCACGCGGCAUGUCUACUUGACGUACGAGAAUCCGCUAUCGGAGCCAGUGGGAGGACGGAAGGUGGUGGAGAUGUUUCUGAAUGACUGGAACAGCAUCAGUCAACUGUAUGAGUGUGUGCUGGACUUCUCUCGAGCUCUGCCUGAAAUGCCCUCGUUUUUGAGCUUAUUCUCUGAAAUCCGGUUAUAUAACUACCGGAAACUGGUUCUCUGUUACGGUAACACCAAAGGCAGCUCAGUGACAAUCCAGUGGAACUCCGUGACCCAGCGCUUCCACCUUGCUCUGGGUACGGUUGGACCAAACUCUGGCUGUAGCAACUGCCACAACAUUAUCCUCCACCAGCUUCAGGAAAUGUUCAACAAGACCCCCAAUGUGGUGCAGCUGUUACAGGUGCUGUCAGACACACAGGCUCCAUUGAAUGCCAUCAACAAGCUUCCCACAGUACCCAUGCUGGGUCUAACCCAGAGAACCAACACCGCCUACCAGUGCUUCUCCAUCCUGCCUCAGUCACCCACCCACAUCCGCCUUGCCUUCCGAAAUAUGUACUGCAUAGACAUCUACUGCCAUAGCCGUGGUGUGGUGGCCAUCAGAGAUGGUGCUUACAGCCUCUUCGAUAACACCAAGAUCGUUGAGGGCUUCUAUCCAGCUCCUGGACUGAAGACAUUCUUGAGCAUGUUUGUGGACAGCAACCAGGACGCGAGGCGACGCUCAGUCAACGAGGACGACAACCCUCCCUCGCCAGUGGGCGUGGACGUCAUGGACACGCUAAUGCCACACAUGCAGCCUCAGCAGCCAAUCAGAGGCCAAGGGGUCUACCCUCCACUUACAUCUCCACCCAAUUCGUACCAUGGCAACGUUGCUCCAUCGCCCUCCAUGAUGCCAACACAGUCACCUGGGAACAUCCACGCAGCCAAUUCCCCUAGUGGAGCUCUGCGGGCCCCCUCGCCCUUCGGCCCCACUCCGUCUCCCUCCUCUCUGGGUAUUUCUAUGGGUCAGACGUCCAACUUUGCCAGCCCGCAUGGAGCUCUGGACCCAAGUUCGCCAUACCCAAUGGUGUCUCCCAGCCAGAGGACGGGCACGUGGCCAGGCUCUCCACAGGUCUCUGGCCCAUCACCUGGGGCUCGUAUCCAUGGCAUGUCACCUGGCAACCCAUCUCUUCACUCUCCCAUUCCAGAUGCCUCCCAUUCUCCUCGUGCUGGGACCAGUUCCCAAGUGAUGCCUACCAGUAUGCCUCCACCUCGUAAGCUACCUCAGCGUUCAUGGGCUGCCUCCAUUCCCACCAUCCUCACCCACAAUGCCUUGCACGUGCUGUUGCUGCCCUCUCCCACAAUGUGUGUGGUGCCAGGACUAGCUGGCAGCUACCUCUGCUCUCCACUGGAGCGCUUUCUGGGCUCGGUCAUCAUGAGGAGGCACCUGCAGAGAAUCAUUCAGCUGGAGCAGAACCUCACCAUUGUGAACUCCAAUGAGCCGGGAGUCAUCAUGUUCAAGACAGAGGUGCUAAAGUGUAGAGUGGCUCUUAACCCAAAGAGCUACCAGACUCUGCAGCUGAAAGUGACCCCUGAGAAUGCUGGACCCUGGUCACAGGAAGAACUGCAGGUUCUGGAGAAGUUCUUUGAGACCAGAGUUGCAGGACCACCCUUCAAGUAUAACACUCUAAAUGCCUUUACGAAGCUGCUAGGGGCUCCCACCAAUAUCCUCAGAGACUGUGUUCGGAUAAUGAAGCUUGAGUUGUUCCCCGAACAGGCGGCCCAGCUGAAAUGGAAUGUUCAGUUCUGUCUGACCAUCCCACCCAGUGCCCCUCCUAUUGCCCCUCCUGGAACCAUUGCUGUUGUGCUCAAGACCAAGAUGCUUUUCUUUCUCCAGCUGACGCAGAGGCUGCCAGUGCCUCAGGAGCCCAUCAGCAUCAUUGUGCCCAUUGUAUACGACAUGGCCACGGGGCUGACGCAGCAGGCUGAUAUCCCCCGACAGCACAGCUCCUCUGGCGCCGCAGCCCUCAUGGUCAGCUCCAUCCUCAGGAGAUUCAACGAGCACCACCCAGCCCGACCAGGUGAAUGCACCAUAUUUGCCUCAGUUCAUGAACUCAUGGCUAAUCUCACACUGAAUUCUGGAGGACGGCCGUAAAAAAAGAACUCGGAUCUUUUCCGACCGCUUGCUGUAGGAACAUUGGAGUUCUAACCUACAGCCAAUGAACAUUUUUCUUCAGGUGUACAAACUUCUGUCAUUAAAGGAAGAGAAAAACUGAUGGAUUACCUUCUGCUUUUCUAUCAUAUAAAGAGCAUAAAUAAAAGAAUGAAGGACAGCACAUCUGGGAAUGUACUUCUUGAGAGUACCACGCAUACUUCUACAAAUUCAGGACACGAUUAAGAAAAGAGGACGCUUUAUUUUUGUUCAAUGCACUUCUUGAAUAAAGGUUUGAAAUGAGAAAAAAGGAUUGUUUACCUUCAACUGUAAAUUUUUAUUAUUUUAAAGUCUGCCUUUAAGAAACUAAGCAGUUUGCAAAAAACUUUAUUCAUUUUUUUAUAUUGCGAAAUAUCAAUGCUGUUGAUAUUGGGGAUGUAUUGUUUAUUAUGACACUAUUUAAUGUCCUUUUUUAUGUCAUAACUUUGACCUCUCUCAUUAAACCUGUCAUGCUGAAUACUGUUAAGCUUGUGACAGAAUUUCUAAAUAAGCCGUAUUUUAUUAUGACUGCAUUUGAAUCGGACGUAAAAAGUAGCCUAUUCUUGUCUGUCUUUAUUACUGUUGAAUAAACAUUUGAAAAUGUUA